UCGGACGUGCAUGAAUAUCGAUUAGCGACCCGCAUAACCAGACAAUGCGACUGGCUGUAUAUCAGAGAUGCGGAGUGUUAUCGGCAAUCGAGUGACUGACUGACGGACGGUGUCCUGCUUUCCGGAGAAGCAAUUCCCCAAAAGACAAACGAGAAAAAGAGAAGCUUCCAUUUCUGGUAAAGUCUAUAAAAUGAAGGCAAUUGUCCAUCUAUCUAAGAUCUUCUAGAGAUGGAAUAAACUGACUCAGAAGAGACAAGUAAUGUGUGAUGUACUAUUCAGAUCAGUGUUGCUAUUUCAGAGUGGAUCCUUCCAGAAUCAUUGUGUCCAAGUGAGAACCAAACCACUGGAUUCUGACAUAAAGGAGACUGAGAAAGCAUUAUGUUCAUUACGUUCUGUAAAAGGAAAUAUAUGAAAAUAACUGUAAAACACAGUUUGCUGUGCUGUGUUGCUUCAGAGUUGGUUUUUUGGUUGGGUGCUGCUUUGUCCACUUUUUAAGUUUAACUUUAGUGGCACACGGAAAGAACCAGAAAACUGGGAGCACCUCUCAAAAACUGUAACAAUAAGCAAUUCAACAGAAGGCUAGUAACCAACUGCAUUGGCCAAUUGGAGUGAAGGACAUGGCUUAUGUUUCAGUGUGAUUGGUGGGUUUAAUUUAUAUAAGGUAGACUGGCAGAGACCUUUCAACCUGAAGUUCAUCCAUUGGUAACCUGAAAUAUUGCUUGCUUCUCUAAGUGUUGUAACUUGAAGAAGAUCUUGUAGUUCUCUGAGGGGCAACAGCAAAAAACUUUGAAAGCCAGAAUCCUCAUCCUGCCACAGCACUAACUGGAAGUGUUGGCUGCUUACUUAAUGUACUUAAAGUAAUUUUCUUUCUUGGUAGGGGAGUUGGAGUGGGAUGCUGAGGGAAGGCCUCCUAUAAAGAAAACUGCAACAUUUAGGUACAAGCACCCCUUGUACAAUACAAGGAAAGGGAGAAUCUGUGACUGCACAAGAGUCUCUUUUCUUUGUAUGACAUGGAAAACAACAUGAAUGUGCACAUUAAGGAAGAAGACUGUGAAUGGGAAUGCAUGCAACAUCAGAUGAAUAUGUAUAGCAUUGAGGAAGAUUAUAAAUUGGGACUAAUAAGCGCUAAAAGAGAAUCUGAGCCAACAUCAGAUGCAAGUGACUUGCAGCUAAAUACAUUUGUAAUCCAUAUCAAGACAGAAGACUUCAAAUCAGAGGCUGUCUCUCAACCUGUGUGUCCAGAAGAAGAGCUAACUGGAACAGACUUCACAAAAAGUAGAUCUCACUCCUUCCAGAAUGAUUAUGUCCAAGUGAAAACCGAACCUUUGGAUUCUGACAUAAAGGAGACAGAGAAUGCAUCAUGUUCAACAAAUUCUGGAAAAGAUUUGCAAGAAAGAUGGACCGUCUCUCAACCUUCGUUUUUUGAGGACUCUCUUCACUGUAGACCACAGCAAAAUGAAAAUGUGAAAAAACUGACAACAGAAUCAGAGAUUUUGACACCAGCCUCAGUGACACAUAGUUCUCUGCGUAUUAUGAAAUUAACAAGGGAAAGCAUAAUCAACACUCAACAACAGGUGCAUGAUUCUAAAUUUGCAGCUCUGGAUGUUUGCCAAAAGCAGACAAGAACAUUUAAAGAAAAAUCGAGAUCCAAACUUCACGGGGGUCACACAAAACAGAAGCCAUACUGUUCUGAAUGUGGAAAACAAUUCUGUAGCAAAAGCAGUCUUGAAACACACAAACGAAUACACACUGGAGAUAAGCCAUAUUGCUGUAAUGAAUGUGGUAAACAAUUUAACACCAGUACUCAUCUUAAGACUCACACAAGAAUUCACACAGGAGAAAAGCCAUAUUGCUGUUCUGACUGUGGCAAACAAUUCUCAAGGAGUAAUUCUCUUCAGGUUCAUUCAAGAAUGCACACUGGAGAGAAACCAUAUUGCUGUUCUGAGUGUGGUAAGCGAUUCUCUACUAAUAGCAGUUUCCAGAGACAUAAAAGAAUUCACAAUGGAGAGAGGCCUUAUCAUUGUUUGGAAUGUGGCAAAGAAUUUUCUGAUAUAAGCAAUCUUAAGAGCCAUGCAAGAAUUCACACUGGAGAGAUACCAUAUAACACUUCUGAAUGUGGCAAACAAGUUUCAGACGAAAGCAAUUUUCAUACUAAUACAUGUAUUCACAAAGGUGAAAUGCCAUAUAGCUGUUCAGAGAGUGACAAAGGAUUUAGCACAAAUGGCAAGCUUCAGGUCCAUUUAAAAACACACACUGUACAGACACCAUAUUGCUGUUCUGACUGUGGAAAACGAUUCUCUAGGAGAAGCAGAUUUGAAAGACAUAAAAGACUUCAUAUUGCAAAAAGGCCGUAUCAGUGUACAGACGGUGGCAAACAGUUCUUUGAUACAAGCAAUCUUCAAAUUCAUACAGUAAUUCACACAAACGAAAUGCCAUACUGCUGUUUUGAAUGUGGCAAAGGAUUUAGCACAAAUGGCAAACUACAUGCCCAUUUAAGAAUACACAAUGAAGAGAAGCUUUAUUGCUGUUCUGACUGUGGCAAAAUAUUUUCAAGGAGUAGUACUGUUCACGUCCAUUCAAGGGUACACACUGGAGAGAAGCCAUAUUGCUGUUCUGAGUGUGAUAAACAAUUCUCUACCAGUAGCAGCUUACAGAGACAUAAGAGAAUUCACAGUGGAGAGAGGCCAUAUUGCUGUUAUGAAUGUGGGAAACAAUUUAACACCAGUACACAUCUUCAAACCCACACAAGAAUGCACACAGGAGACAAACCAUAUUGCUGUUCUGACUGUGGCAAACAAUUCACAAGAAGCAGUUCUCUUCAGGUUCAUUCAAGAAUGCACACUGGAGAGAAACCAUAUUGCUGUUCUGAGUGUGGUAAGCGGUUCUCUAGUAAUAGCAGUUUUCAGAGACAUAAAAGAAUUCACAAUGGAUAGAGGCCUUAUAAUUGUUUGGAAUGUGGCAAAUAAUUUUCUGAUAUAAGCAAUCUUAAGAGUUAUGCAAGAAUUCACACUGGAGAGAUACUAUAUCGCACCUUUAAAUGUGAUAAACAAGUUUCAGACAAAAGAAAUUUUCAUACUAAUGCAAGAAUUCACAAAGGAGAAAUGCCAUAUAGCUGUUCAGAGUGCAACAAAGGAUUUAGCACAAAUGGCAAGCUUCAGAUCCAUUUAAAAACACAUACUGGACAGAGGCCAUAUUGCUGUUCUGACUGUGGAAAAUGAUUCUCUAGGAGUAGCAGAUUUGAAAGACAUAAGAUUUCAUAUUGGAGAAAGGCCGUAUUGGUGUUCAGACAGUGGCAAACAGUUUUUUGAUACAAGCAAUCUUCAAAUUCAUACAAUAAUUCACACAAGAGAAAUGCCAUACUGCUGUUUUGAAUGUGGAAAAGGAUUUAGCACAAAUGCCAAGCUUCAACUCCAUUUAAGAAUACACAAUGGAGAGAAGUUUUAUUGCUGUUCUGACUGUGGUAAAAUAUUCUCUGGGAGUGGUACUGUUCAGUUCCAUUCAAGGUUACACACUGGAGAGAAGCCAUAUUGCUGUUCUGAGUGUGGUAAACGAUUCUCUACCAGUAGCAGCUUAUAGAGACAUAAGAGAAUUCCCAGUAAAGAGAGGUCAUAUUGCUGUUCUGACUGCAGCAAAUGAUUCACUGAUAAAAGUAAUCUUCAGAUUCACACAAGAAUUCACAAGUAAAAACGUAAAGUAAAUGGAAUAUGAUUUACAGUGGUAAAUAUGACUGAAAAGUGAGGUUCACUCCUUUGAUAGUAAGCAUGAAAAGCAGGGUAAGAAUUCCAUUGAAUGUUCUAUUUACUGGCCCCUGCGAUUAAUGAUUAUAUACAGUAUGUGAAGUUACUGGGAAAAGUGCUAGUUUGUUAUUUGCAAACUGGUACAUCCAAAUUCACUCACUCUGCUGACAGUGUGCUUUAAUCUCUUGUGUAUUUUCAACAGUGACCGUUCAAAAGCCCUACUUACCUACUGUACUUUUUUAUUAGAUACAGAGGCUUUUGACUGGCACAGUUAGUAUUAUCCAGGGAGAGUCUUGGAAUCACAAUGUUGACUCCUUUUCCUUGUUUUAUUUAUUCAAAAUGUUUUUUCUUUAUCGUGUUUAGGCAGUAUAAUGUCUUCUGUUAAAAGCAUUGUUUCUUCUAAUUUUGGCAAUGCAACUAAGGAUUUUAAGCAUUCUAUCAGCAAACGAAUCAAAAUGUCAUUAUCCCAACUUUAAUUUGAUAUACAGAUAAUCACCUUAAAACAUGGCAUACGGACAAACAUGGAAAUGUGCAUAUGCACAAAAAAAUCCAGAUACAUAAAACUGUGUGU